CGCAUUGUAAUGAACUAAAGCGAUUUCAAAAGCGCGUUUUUAAAUCGAAGUACACUACGCUUAAGCAACGAAACAGGGAUAGUGGAGCUUUGUUUGCAACCAUGGAGGAAACGAUACCCUUCAAAACCCUUCACAGCAGAGAGUACCAAGGCCACAAGAAGAAGGUGCAUUCAGUGGCAUGGAAUUGUGCGGGAACAAAAUUGGCUUCUGGUUCCGUCGACCAGACGGCACGAGUUUGGCACAUUGAACCUUAUGGACACGGUAAAGUUAAAGAUAUUGAGCUAAAAGGGCACACUGACAGUGUUGAUCAGUUAUGCUGGGAUCCAAAGCAUGCUGAUUUGAUUGCAACUGCAUCAGGCGACAAGACCGUCCGAUUGUGGGAUGCUCGUAGUGGGAAAUGCUCACAGCAAGCAGAACUUAGUGGGGAGAAUAUAAAUAUCACCUACAAACCUGAUGGCACUCAUGUAGCCGUUGGUAAUAGGGACGAUGAGUUAACAAUCUUGGAUGUUCGCAAAUUUAAACCCAUACAUAAACGCAAGUUCAACUAUGAGGUGAAUGAGAUAGCUUGGAACAUUACCGGUGACUUAUUCUUUUUAACUACCGGAAAUGGCACCGUGGAAGUACUUGCUUAUCCAACCCUUCGAGCUGUUGAUACCCUCAUGGCUCAUACAGCCGGUUGCUAUUGCAUUGCAAUCGACCCACUAGGAAGAUAUUUUGCUGUGGGGAGUGCUGAUUCAUUAGUCAGCCUUUGGGAUAUCAAGGAGAUGCUCUGUGUCCGUACAUUCACAAAACUUGAAUGGCCUGUUCGGACAAUAAGUUUCAACCACACUGGGGAAUACAUUGCUUCUGCCAGCGAGGACUUGUUUAUUGACAUAUCACAUGUCCAAACAGGGCGACCAGCCCACCAAAUCCCCUGCCGAGCUGCCAUGAACAGCGUGGAAUGGAAUCCCAAAUACAACUUACUUGCCUACGCCGGAGACGACAAGAACAAAUACCAGGCCGAUGAAGGUGUUUUCCGAGUAUUCGGCUUUGAGAGCGCAUAGAAAGGCCAGGCUUGAGCCCGAAUUCAGGGUUUUAGUUAUCAUUGUUUUUGUCCCUUAAAAAGAAUAGAUGAUAGAUCUUUAUGGUAAUUGUCCUGCGAAUCUACAGAAGAAUUGUGCAAAGACUUGAAAAAAAAUGUAACAAAGUGAGGGCUAAAAUGUUUGUUUUAUUCAGUGCUGUCUGCUUGUUUCA